UAACUUUUAAGGCUCUUCUUCUUUAGCUCUGGGGUAAAGGGUUUUAAUGGCUUCUCUUCUUAGAAAGACAAUGGGACUGUCUUUGUUUCUUGUGUUGGUGAGCUUGAAACUUAGUUUUGGGGCUGUAUAUGAGGUUGGGGAUGAUAAAGGUUGGACUGUGAAUGAUAAGUCUUACUACACUGGUUGGGCAAAAUCAAAGAAAUUUCAUGUGGGGGAUGUACUUUUGUUUCGUUACGACAAGCAAAUCCACAAUGUAGUGCAAGUGGACAAAAAAGGGUAUCACAAAUGCAAUGCGGCAAAGCCGAUUGCUGGCUUCAACACAGGCCAUGAUUCUGUAACCAUAAGGUCUGAUGAGCACCUGUAUUUCAUAUGUGGAACUCCAGGCCACUGUGAAGCUGGCCAGAAGCUUAGAAUCAAAGUGUCCAGAUCUAAAGUGCCCGUGGUCGAGCCACCGCCGCCGAUAAAUCAAGCCAGCUUUGCUCGUGGCGGAUCGUGUCCUCUUCUGCUUUGUAUUGUAAUUUUGGUCAUUGGUUUAUUUUGAG